AUGGAGAGUUGCAGUGCUGAGGAGGGAUUCUUCGAUACUAGGGAAGAGGUCUCUUCCAUCUCCGAUUGGGCUUCCGAUUCCGACGGCAACGGUGUUUUCGCUAAUUCUCAGUUCGAGAUUUGGGCUGAAGCUCGGGAGUCGUUUGAAGAUGGUGCUUCGGAGGUGGAUUUCAUGUACAAGAUUAGGAACUUAGACGACGGAAGGGAGUUUGUCUUCGAAGAACUGGAUCAAGAUUGUAUUCUGGUUCGAUGGAUGGGACAAUCAAGGAAGAAGGAGGCUGCUUGUUGUCAAGAUUGGAUGUCUGGAAACUGUGGCAGAGGGGAGAGCUGUCAAUUCCUACACUCAUGGUGCCGUGGAGAUGGAUUUUCAAUGCUAGCAAGACUAGUUGAAGAAGAGCAUGACGGUGAAAAGAAGUCUAUUUCUGGGAUUGGGUACCCUGCAGGAUCUGACAAGCUAUAUUCAGCAACCAGUGGUGGAGUGGUACGUGCUUGGGAUUGCCAUACUGGUUUGCUUGCCGGGACUGCGAAUGUUAGUGACUACAAGAUCGGAUGUUUGAUCAGCGAUGGAGAUUGGGUGUUUGUUGGUUACCCCAAUGGUGUCAAAGCAUGGAACUUUAAAUUAGGGGUUUAUCAUGACCUCACAACUUCAAAUGGUCAAGUCAAUGCCUUGGAGUUUGGGUUGGAUGCCUUGUAUGCUGGAGCUGAAGAUGGUGCAAUUUUUGUUUGGAAAGGAUUUGCUGAUCAGCAGGCCGAUCCCCAAUUUCAGCAGCCUGCUACUUCCCUAAAAGGCCAUGGAAGUGCAGUUACUUGCCUCAGAGCUAGCAUAAAUGGUGAUUUGUAUAGAAGAUUGUAUUCUGGUUCGAUGGAUGGGACAAUCAAGGUCAAGUUCUGGGGUUGCGCUGAAGAUGACAGUGAUGAUAUAAGCCUUUUGUACACACAUGAAGAGGAAAGUGUUGCAGUUGCUCUUGGUGGGAUGAAUGAUUCCGAAGGAAAACCAGUCUUGUUCUGUUCGUGGAGCAACUGUAGUGUUGGGUUAUACGAGUUGCCAACACUCGAAGAGCGUGGAAGGAUUUACUCACAGAAGGAAGUAAGAGCAAUUCGAAGUGGGCCUGACGGUUUGUUUUUCACAGGGGACGCAAAUGGUGUCGUCAGCGUCUGGAAGUGGGCCAAAGCUGAUGCUGCUUGA